GUGCAGCAGCUGGUCGGUCCGUCGGUCGGUGGAUGUAGGCUACCGAGGCUCAGCUUAUAAAUAGCCCGACGGUGAUCACCGUUUUAACAGUUUGUGGUCGGGGAACGCGGCGCACUCGCCUCGUUUCGCAGCCGAAUCCGGAGAGAUUGGAGUGCGCCUGUCAAGCCCGUUUUCUUCCACUUGGCGGUGACGCAAGUUGGCAGCAACUUGGCAGGCAAGCUGAAGGAGGAGAAUAUGAAGGCUGAUUUGGAGGCUUCUCUGCCUGCUGGACAGGAGGAUUUUGCGAUCCAGUGCCGAGACGUGUGCCGGUCGUACGGCAAACUGAAGGUCCUCAGCAACCUCAACCUGACUGUACCACAAGGACACAUUUAUGGUCUUUUGGGCCCCAGUGGAUGCGGGAAGACCACACUGCUGAAAUGCAUCGUGGGAACUCUGAAGAUCUCGCGGGGUCACAUCACUGUACUGGGGAAGCCACCUGCAUUUCCUGGUCAUGACGUGCCGGGGAGGAUGGUCGGAUACAUGCCACAGGAGCUGGCGUUGUACAACGAGUUCACCAUCAGCGACACCCUGACCUUCUUUGGCCGAAUCCACGGCCUGACGUCGAAGGAAACCCAGGCACGCAUGAACUUCCUCAUCGACUUCCUGGAUCUACCUCAGAAGCACAGCCUGGUCCGAAAUCUCAGCGGUGGUCAGAGGCGCAGGGUGUCUCUCGGAGCAGCUCUGCUUCAGAAUCCAGAGCUGCUCAUCCUGGACGAGCCUACGGUCGGAGUGGACCCUGUGCUCAGGGCCAAGAUCUGGCAGCAUCUGGUGGAGAUUGUGAAGACGGGGAAGGUCUCUGUCAUUAUCACCACGCACUACAUAGAGGAGGCCAGGCAAGCCAAUGUGGUCGGUCUCAUGAGGAAUGGCCAUUUGCUGGCUGAAGGGCCCCCAGACGCAGUCAUGAAGCAGCACAGUGCAACAACCCUGGAGCACGCCUUCCUGCAGCUGUGCGAGACAUCAGAUCGGACCGGCUCUAAACGGGGAUCCAGUCCACAGGGCGGGGCGUUAGAGAACAGCCAAUCGUUCGAGAGCGGGAGAGACGAGAGUCGGCCCAUUCUCGGAGUCGGACCAGGAGCUGCAGCGGAAGCUCCUAAAUAUUCAGCGGACUGGAAAGUGCGAGCCAGACACAUGCUGCCAAAGUGGAGAAACAUCGCCGCCCUGAUGAUCAAAACACUGGUGCGGAUGAAGAGAAUGCCGGGCUCGUUGUGUUUCCAGUUCCUGCUGCCCGUCAUCCAGAUCUCUCUGAUCUGCUUGUGUGUCGGAGGAGAUCCAAAGGGGAUCCAGGUCGCUGUAGUGAACAACGAGACGUCCCCCACCGCCUACAGCCAGUCGCUGCUCUCCUUCCUGGACAACUCCAGUGUCCAGCAGGUGCCCUUGUCUCAUACAGAUGCUUUCAAUGGGAUCUAUAACGGAGAGUAUUGGGGAGUCAUCGGCUUUGGCAAGAACUUCACCAGCUACCUGACAAAAAGGAUGAUGCAGAGGCAGGUUUCUAGGGAGGUGGUCGACGGAGGAUCAGUGCACGUCUGGCUGGACCUGACAAAUCGACAAAUUGCCUUAAUGCUGCAGAAGAAGCUUCAUGACGCCUUUCAGGCUUUUGUGGACCAUAAGUUGGGCAGUAUGUCAUACCUGGUCGCUCUGCCAAUAAAGUUUGAGGAGCCCAUCUAUGGCGACCAAAACACAGACUUCACUACGUUUGUGACACCGGGAGCUGUGCUCAGCAUCACCUUCUACCUGGCCGUGGGUCUGACGGCUCUUUCCUUUGUCCUGGAGAGGAAGGAGGGGCUCUUGGACAGGUGCUGGGUGGCAGGUGUGAGCUCUAUGGAGACGAUGCUGGCUCACCUCUUCUCUCAGCUGUUUGUCAUCAGCGUUCAGAUCAUCCUGCUGCUCCUCUUCAUACUGCUCGUCUUCAAGAUGCCUAAUGAAGGCUCCUUGGUGCUGGUCAUAAUUUUGAUCGUGCUGCAGGGCGUCACCGGCAUCUCGUUUGGCCUCGUCAUCUCUGCCGCAAUUGAUGACGAGCAGAGCGCCAAUCAGGCGGCCCUGGGCAUCUUCUACCCCAACCUCAUCAUCAGCGGUAUCAUCUGGCCUGUGGAGUGUAUCCCGUAUCCCCUCCGCUAUCUCAGCCUCGCCCUUCCUCAGACCUACGCCUCUGAAGCCCUUCGCUGUAUCAUGUACAGAGGUUGGGAUCUGUCUCGGAUGAUGGUGUGGCGAGGCUUCGCCGUCACCCUGGGCUGGAACACCUUCUUCCUCAUCCUGGCCACAGUCAUCUUGAAGCUGAGGACGUGACGGCCUCGUCCCGGAGAACAUCCUUCAG